GACAAUUCAUAGAAUUAGUUGUCCUUGUGGCACCACCCCUGUUAUUAGAGCACAGACAAAUUAAAGUGCGAGUAUCAGAAAAGAAACUGAAGAUUUUAUUUUUAUUUAUCGCAUUGUUUGUUUGACUCGAGUCACUAUCAACAAAACUCGACGGUGGAUCAUCACCAUGCAUACGGUGGAAUAUUUUUCAAUUUUUGUUUAUUCGAGACCUCGACCGCCACCGUAAAAGAAAAAAAUAUAGCGAAGCGGAAGUUUCGGAAUAUGUGAACUUGGGUCUUCGGUAUCAAGUUUGAGCUGAAACAAACUUGAAAUGGACAAAGAAGGAGAGGAAAUUCCAGCUGUACCUGAAGAAAAUGUUGCUGUUUACGAUGGGAAUACAGAAUGCAGCGAUCCUGGUAGUAGAGAGGGACAUAAACCAGAUAACGGAUCUGAGGUUGUGGUCGAUCAAGCCAGUAGCAGCGGCCUGCAACCAGAUAACGAUGAAGGCCAGACUGGACCAGCCCCACCCAAGAGAACAACUAGCCAGACUGAAUUCAGAUCCAGAGGCCCAUCAGAGACAGAGGCAGGGAUCACCGAUGAAGAUGGUGGUAUCAAUAUUGUCAAACGACCUAGGUUACCAUCGGUCAAUUGUCCAGAGAAAAUUAUUAUCUGCUUAGACCUGGCCAGUGAGGUGAAUAGAGUACCUUUCCUGCAAAGAGAUGGGACUAAACACCUACCCAUAGAGUUGGUGAAAAGAGCAUUGAGUAUCUUUAUAAGAACUAAGAGUAGCAUUAACCCAAGACACCAGUUUGCAUUAGUGGUGCUCCAGGAAAGUGCUGUGUGGCUGCAAGACUUUACUUCUGAUGUGGAGGAGUUUCUCAAUGUAAUGUUUGAUCUGACCAGUGAGACACAGGAUUGCGAGUCAUGUGACCUUACAUCACUCUUUGAAACCAUCGCAAAUAAAGUAGAUCUACCAGUGAUUGAUGAUAUUGAAGUCUUGCCUCCUCCAUACGUCAUUAGAACUCUGUUUUUCUAUGGAAGGUCAGCUCUCAUUCCAGAGUUUAUCAGCGGUCGAGAAGCUCAAGUAGCCCUAUCAAAUUCACCAUAUUUCUUCUUUGAUGUCUUCUAUCUCCACGAAUCACCAUCGGAAGAAAACUAUUGCAAGGACAUCUAUGAUGUUUUCCUAGACCUUGACAAGAACAAUACGUCAUACAUCCAUGAGGUUGGACGGAUGAUACCACACCUUUACAACAAAAUGGCUUCAUUAGUGGCUCAUCCAUUACAGAGACCUGAACAAGUGUUUGCUUCAUACUCGCUGGAGAUAGAACAAUGAGGACAUUCCAAUGAAGGAAUGACAAAUUGGAAUCUUGAGGAAUCGUUCAUUGGCUAUGAUCAUCCACUAUAUGACAAUGACAAUAUUCCAAAGAUGAGUUAAAACAUGAACAAUUGUUUGCCUCAUACUUGCUAGACAAAACAGUGAGAACAUUCCAAUGAGGAGUGGACAACGUGUAAUCUUCGGGAUCAGUUCUUCAUUAGUGGCGCACCAGUGCAGAGACCUGAACUAGUGUUUGCUUCAUACUCGCUGGAGAUAGAACAAUGAGGACAUUCCAAUGAGGAGUUAACAACAUGGAAUCUUGAGGAACUGUUCAUUGCCUUUGAUCAUCCACAGAAAUUGUUAACCUUUACUGUUCGCCUUUGCAAGAUAGCUUCAUUGGUGAUUCAUCUAUUAUACAGACCUGAAGAGGGGUUGUUAGUGUUGGAUCAUCUAUCUGAAUAAGUUAUAAGGUGAUCAUUGUAUGUAUCCUGGAUCUGGAACAGAGGCAGGUCAUUCUUUUAUUUGAGGAUUGUACCCAUUUCUUUUGUCACUGAUCUCCAGAAGAAGUCAUUUCAAGUCAGUCUGAUAUUUUCAGUACAUAGUACAGUCAUCCAGUUUACAUCUGGGUUAAUACUGGAAAAAGACAUAUUAGCAUCUUGCCAAAAGAUAAUACUACUGCAGUGUGAUUGAAGCCUUUUUUUAUUAUGUUCACAAUCCGGCAACUCACCUACUGAUACAGCACAUCCUUCAGUGAUUUCCUACCUUAUUGGCAUAUACUGUCAAGGUAUUGUUACAAAUCACAAAGUACUGUUUUUCACUUUUCUAGUGAAAGCAGGAUCAGUGUUUUUAUGUGUCCCAUGAUCUGUUUUUAUCAUUGAUUUUGAAUACAGUACUCAAUAUUUCAUAUAUUGCAUCUUUAGUUUGUUUUUCAUGCCUACUGUAUGUGAUUGGUGGAGGCAUUAUAUUUUGCUAAUACAUUGCUAAAUUUCAGACUCAUGAAAUACAUACGUGUAUGAGGAAACAUUAUUUUGAAUUUCACAUUAUGUUUGCAGUUGAUAAAUAGGAACCAUCGGGGGUCCGUUGCAGAAAGAGUUGCGUUUAACACAAGUCUAAAAAUCAAUCGCAAGUCCCAAAUGCGUGCUGUUGAUUGGUUGAAAAUCAAGUUGCGAUUUUUAUGAUUUUUAGAGUUGCGAUUGAUUGCAACUCUUUAUGCAACGGGCCCCUGGUCAAACAUUGUAAAUUAGGGUAGCAAACAACAGCUUUCAUUUCAGAUAAAAGGGCGAAUAGAGUUGGAUAAAAUUUUGACUUUUUGAAGGUGAAUGUCAAAGUUACUUAAGUUACAGUAUUAGACCCCUGUUACAUCUGAAAGUUUCCUACCCGAGACCCGACCGAGUCCACUUGCAACCUUGACUGGAUUAUUGGUGGAUUAGCUUCGGGAACGGACCGAGUCCGAAAUGUGGUCUGUUUACAUCACAGCGUUCAUUCCCUCCCCUAUCGGUACGGUUUCGAGCGGUAUCCGAUUGCUGACAUCAAAGGGCGCUCUCGAUCUAGGCUCUGAAUAAUUUGCGCGCUAAUUGAAGUUGUUUACAUGUGCCGAUCAUUUCCAGAGAGAGUCGAAACGACUCUUUACCUUAACCCCAGAUUCUGGAAGAAUGCUGAUAAUCCCAGCAGUCGUUGAAGAUAUGAUCGACUUGAAAAGGAUACAUUUAAAAUGCUUCCUUCUUUCCACUCAAAUCAAAGACUUUAUCAAUCACAUGUCGCAUGCCACAAAACAUUCGAAGAACGACGGGGCUGGGGAGGGGAUAGGGCGCGCUAUGACGUAAUUUGACAGCUGGCGAAUGGACCGAGAUAGGUUAGAAAGCUUGUGUGCGUUUACAUCUACAAAUCGGUGGACCGGGGCCGGCCCGAUACCUUCCCGAGACUACCUCUGGAUGUGGUCUCGGGUAGGUUCGCUAAAAGGUGGCCCGAGGUAGGUUUGGGAUGUUUACAUCUGAUUUCUUUCCGACCCGAGGUAGGCCCCGGGCCGGCCCGAGGUAGGGAAUCUCUCAGAUGUAACAGGGGUCUUAGACCUUAUGCAUCAUGAUCUCAUUACUCCCUUCCCCGAAGGUUAUAGUGUAGGAAUAUGCGUAAGCGGAGUUGUCAGAGAUGCGCCAGCUGCAGAACACCAAUGCACACAAGGCAAUGGCACUAACCGCUUACUAGAUGGCAGCACAAUCACGUCAAUGCAUAAGGUCUAUAGGCGAGGAGGAUGAAGACUGUAGACAUGGAGGAGCUAAAUGGAGCUUUAAAAAACGGAUUAUGUUCAUUCUUGAUAUGUGCGGGGAAGAGAACCUUUGCUUGGGUAGUGCCAAGGGCGGUGUCCAAAAAUAUUGCUGCUGUUGUUUAUAGAGAAAUACCGAGAGUGAUCAUGGUCAGAAUUCUCUUUGAUACAUCAUAUGAACGAGUCAUUUAUUUAGACUCCCCAAUGUAUAUUUACUUUAUAUAUGUAUGUGUUUGUUUUAUAUUCAAUAAAAUUGAAUUUAAGAAAAGAAA